CUUCUGAUUCGACCAUCCACCUGCAAUUCAGACAGCUAAGACAGGGUAGGGUUAUUUUCUUCUCUACUUUUCUGUCUCAUGGAUCUGGAAGCUAUCCGGCCGUCCUGCGAAUCACAGCUGCAGGUCGGCCUUUGGCUCCUUCUUAUCCCUGGUUGGCUCCUUGGCCUGCAGUCGGCUACCUUGAACCCAUGUCUAUCUAUAUAAGUCGUGCUGUAGCUCCUGGCUCUCCCUUUCUUUCUUGAGUCGCAGUUCUAGUGUGUUGUACCGUCCACUGGUUUGAAAAGAACUCCCCUGUCAUUGCUUACCCACAUUUUCUUACACGCAUCCUUACCCAUUCCUUCCUUCCGUAUCACCUGGUAGGCAUGGCCUCCAAGGAUCUAGUGCAGACUGGAGAUACCCCCGAUGGAAAAUCCGACAUCCAGGGGUUCUCUCACCAUGCCGAGGACAUCUUGAAUGAUAGAGAGCCUUAUGGCCCUCCGGGUCUUGCAGGCCUGGUUGCCAAUCCGUUCGUCUUUAUGUGUGCUGCUUGUUCAACACUUGGAGGUUUGCUGUUCGGUUAUGAUCAAGGUGUUGUAUCCGUCAUCCUGGUGAUGGAGCAGUUCCUCGAACGUUUUCCUGAAGUCUCCCCUGAUUCGUCGGGUGCCGGCUUCUGGAAAGGUCUGAUGACGGCCAUGAUUGAAUUGGGAGCUCUACUGGGAGCCCUCAACCAGGGAUGGAUCGCCGAUAAAAUUUCUAGACGUUACUCUAUCAUCGUCGCCGUCAUCAUUUUCACCAUUGGCUCUGCACUGCAAACUGGUGCCACCAAUUAUGCGAUGCUCACAGUAGCUCGGUUGAUCGGAGGUGUUGGCAUCGGUAUGCUGUCGAUGGUUGCACCAUUAUACAUCUCUGAAAUCAGUCCACCUGAGUGUCGAGGUACUCUCUUGGUGUUGGAAGAAUUUUGUAUCGUUUUAGGAAUUGUGAUCGCCUACUGGAUCACUUAUGGUACUAGAUUCAUGAUUGGAGAGUGGUCCUGGAGGCUUCCGUUCUUGCUGCAAAUGGUCCCAGGCUUUGUUCUUAUUGGAGGUGUAAUGAUGCUUCCUUUCUCCCCCAGAUGGCUUGCCUCCAAGGACCGGUACGAGGAAGCUCUUGAGAGUUUGUCGAAACUGCGACGGUUACCGACGACCGAUAAGCGCGUGCGCCAGGAAUACCUGGAUAUUCAAGCAGAAGUUCGCUUCCACCAAGAAAUGAACGCCGAAAAACACCCUAAUCUCCAAGGUGGUGGAAUCAAGGACUCUUUCCUCCUCGAGAUGGCGUCCUGGGCAGAUUGUUUCAAGUCCGGCUGCUGGAGGAGAACUCAUAUCGGUGUUGGUCUCAUGUUCUUCCAACAGUUCGUCGGCAUCAAUGCGCUUAUCUACUAUUCCCCAACACUCUUCGAAACCAUGGGUCUGGACUACGAUAUGCAACUCCUGAUGUCGGGUAUUCUCAACGUUACACAACUAGUAGGAGUGGUCACUACCGUUUGGACCAUGGACACUCUGGGUCGACGGUUCCUAUUGCUUUGGGGUGCAUUGUUCAUGUUCAUCAGCCACCUAAUCAUCGCAGUCUUAGUUGGUCUAUACUCCGAUAACUGGCCAGCAUAUCGCCCGCAAGGUUGGGCCAGCGUGGGUCUUUUGCUCUUUUAUAUGGUGGCCUUCGGAGCUAGCUGGGGUCCCGUCGGCUGGGCCAUGCCUUCUGAGGUGUUCCCGUCAUCACUCCGUGCGAAGGGUGUAGCGCUCUCGACGUGCUCCAAUUGGCUAAACAACUUUAUUAUUGGCCUUAUCACCCCUCCUCUAGUGCAAAAUACGGGAUUCGGUGCCUACACAUUCUUCGCAGUGUUCUGUUUACUGGCGCUCAUCUGGACGUUCUUCUUCGUUCCUGAAACCAAGGGUCGGACUCUAGAGCAGAUGGACCAUGUGUUUAAGGAUAAUUCAAGCGAGGCUGAACAGGCUCGCCGACAUGCUAUUGAGGUGGAGCUGCUCCGAGCUGAAUCAGAGAGACAUGCAAUGGAGGCUUGAUCAGGGGCAGUAUUAAUCCCCCUACUCUUGAGUCUCCUUUAUAUCUAAUCUCCGCUCGAUCUUGCCUUUACGCACGUUGGGCCCCAGGCGGGCCCUUAUUUCGAUUCAUAAUGCUGUAUAUCACCAUAACCUUAGUAUAUAUAUCCAUUUAACGAGACUAUGAUUUACAGAACUGUUGCGUCGGCUGUAUACAUACUAAG